AUGUCAGUACAGUUGGGAGCAACUGUCGUUCUUGAAGUGAGUUCAAGAAAUGCUUCUUGGGUUACCAUUGGAAUCUUCGGCGGUUUAAUUUAUGGUUUUAUGACGACUUCCGGUGAUGGUGAAAAUGCCGGCGGAAGAAUAUUCAGUUGCGCAUUGAUCGGAGGUGCCGUUAUGGGUAUCAUUGGAAACAUACUCUUGUGGGCGAACAUUGUCGAAACUCCAUCUUGUCUUUUAAGUCAAAAACAAGGAGGGAAAACUCUACGAAUGGGAGGGGAGGGAAAUUCAAAAUCAAAAAUGUUAAAAAAUUACACAACGGAAUUAAAAAUCGAAGUUAUCGAUGGUCUUCUAACGGGAGCCAUUAUCGGAACUUUAAUCACGUUAAUUAAUUUUUCAAUACAUUUUUUAUUCGGGAGAAGACGCGGUCCCCGUUUUCCGGAACGUAUAUUUAGGGGAGCACUACAAGGAGGAAUGAUGGGUUGCCUAUUGAGAACCGUUUUGACAUUUUUCAAAUUGUACAUACAAUAA